GUGAGUUGCACCAUAAGUUCACUAUCCUUUGCAUGUUACGUAUGUAUCGUCAGUAGUUUUGUUGCAUGUUGUAUGAGGUGCGCGCGCAGCGCCACGGCCCAUGUUCUUCGGAUGUCUCGCACAGACCGUCGGGAACGCUCAGCUGCUGUGUGGAUAUGUCCGCCAUGUUUUUCAUGGCACAAGCAGCGGACCGCCCGAGAAAAAAUAGCUUUUAAAUCAAUUUUAUCUCGACCAAAAAUGGCUUUUUACACUGGAUUUUGGUAAUAAAGGAGUCGAUGAUUUGGACCGUUGUGAAAAGAGGCGGGGCCCUCGAGGAUUUAUACCGAAUUUUUGACUGAAUUCUGGCGGGAUUCAUGUUUCCUCCACAUUUUAUGUUUUCGAGAUAGGCGAAAACAAUGAGUAAACUCUCGUUCCGGGCGCGAGCGCUAGACGCCGCCAAACCUCUCCCCAUAUACCGUAACAGAGACCUCCCGGACCUCAAUGACUGCGUCUCAAUCAACCGGGCUGUGCCCCAGAUGCCAACUGGAAUGGAAAAAGAGGAGGAAUCGGAGCACCAUCUCCAGAGGGCGAUCUCGGCUCAGUCGGUGUUCAGGGAGAAGAAGGAGAGUAUGGUCAUCCCCGUGCCGGAGGCAGAGAGCAACGUCACCUACUAUGACCGUCUGUACAAAGGAGAGUUCCGCAUUCCCAAACAGCUGAUACACAUUCAACCCCUGGGUUUGGACAAUGAACAGCCAGAUUACGACAUGGAUUCAGAGGAUGAGACUCUCCUCAACAGACUCAACAGGAAGAUGGAGAUCAAGCCUCUGCAGUUUGAGAUCAUGGUGGACCGACUGGAGAAGGCUAGCGCUAACCAGCUGGUCACUCUUCAGGAAGCCAAGCUGCUGCUGAAUGAGGAUGACUACCUCCUGAAGUCUGUGUACGACUACUUUGUGAGGAAGAGGAAGAGCUGCCAAGCGCCGUCGCUCAUACCGCAGUGUAAGCAGGAAAAGCGGGACGGCUCCAGCAACAACGACGCCUACGUCGCCUUCCGCCGCCGCACAGAAAAGAUGCAGACCAGGAAGAACCGUAAGAACGAUGAGGCGUCGUAUGAGAAGAUGCUGAAGCUGAGGAGGGAGUUCAGCCGCACCGUCACCAUCCUGGAGAUGAUCAAGAAGCGGGAGAAGAUCAAGCGAGAGCUGCUGCACCUCACGCUGGAGGUGGUGGAGAAGAGGUAUCAUAUGGGUGACUUUUCGGGGGAAAUCCUCAGCGAAGUCAGCGCUCCUCUGGCUGAGAAGCCUGUCUACACCACUCCCAUCACUCUGCCCAACGGAAACCGCUACAAAGUCGAGAACAAAAUCAAGGCUCACAAGUCCAGCUCACAACUACCGCACCACUUCUCCAUCAAGCCAGAGCCGCACUUCGACUUUGUGCGGCCGCACAAGAAGUACACCAAGAGACCCAAACUGGACCCGCUGCGGCAGCCGAGCCGAGUCGAGAGGCAGCACACGGUUAACAAGGCCGACAUCAAGCAGUAUGACUUCCACAGCUCUGGGGAGGAGGACUACCCACUGUCUCCAGCGUCAGAGACAGAUGAGGAGAAUGACCCAGAUGGAGGGUUCGCUUUCAGAAGGAGAACUGGCUGCCAUUACCUUGCUCCUCAGUUGGACCAGAGCUCCUCUCCUCCGUGUGGUCAGACGCCGCUGGCUGGGGUCGACCCACUGCGGCAACGGCACUCCUUGACGGCCCUUACCGUGCCACACCGCUGUGUGGGCCUGGCACGCAGGAGGAUGGGACGUGGUGGCAGGGUUCUGCUGGACCGUGCCUCCUCCCACCUGGACCGCGCCUUGAGACUGCUGGACCCGGACGUCUUCACCCGCUCUUCACCGACCCUCGACCUCCCUGACCUCAGGCACGACCCCUCGCACACCGCCCCUUCCGCCUUGCAUGCGGAGCGCUCCCUGGCACAGAUCCUCAGCGACAUCAAGUCCAGCAGGUGGCGCUGCUUCCGACCUCGGCCCACUCCGGACGAAAGCAACGGCAGGAAGAGCAGCGUGGCGUCAGAGGGCAGGACACGAGAGGCAGCAGGCGCCACCACUGGCAGCUCCACGAACAUUGCCAAAGCUGCACUCACAGAGGUGAUCACAGAGGAGCAGUAUCAGACCCACCAGCAGCAGCUGGCCCAGAUGCACAAGCAGCAGCUGGCUCAGGUCCUGCAGCGAGCAGCGCCCCGCACCACAGCACAGCCGGAGCGCAAGGCCGCUGUACAGACUGCCAUCUCGUCGGAGCGAGUUUCAAAGACUCUGGACUCGGCCAGCGCUCACUUUGCUGCCUCUGCGGUGGUUAGCGCCCCCCCACCAGCCAACAACGAGAACAAACCCCACCCACCCACGGUCAACGGCAUUGGCCCCAGUUCAGGAGGCUCCCGGCCCAUGAAGUUCACCAGCACCUCUCAGAGCGGCGGCGGGGGCGGCUCGUCGGUACGCUCCUCUUCCUCUCCGGCUCGUGACAACCCGGCCCUGGUCCGUGGCAACGGUGGCGGCAGUAGCAGCAACAGCAACUCCACGCCUCAGUCGCUGCCACGUGGCCACGGCCACCUGGGCAGCGUGAGCGCCGUGUCUCCGGCCCACACGCACCACAGCGCCCGGCCCUCGGCCCCCUCGCCCUCCGCCUUAAAGCUGGCCGCCGUCGCCAGCAGCCUGGACCGAGUGCCCAAGGUCACGCCCGCUAGUGCGGUAGACAGCAUUGGCAGGGAGAACCAUGAACCAGAGAGGUUGGCCCUUAAUGGCAUAUCAGAGACCACAGUUGCCAUGGAAGUGACAUAGCCCACUCCACGUCAGUGAGCAUCAUGCCAUUGAAUGGACUAACCUCCAAGAUCAAUGCAAAACAACUUCCUGCCACCAGGGGGCUUACUCACAGAACUGUACCUAAAUUUGCAGCAUAUCAAAAAGAGAUUUGUCAAUAUUAUACAUGUACAUUUUGUAAAAUUGGGAAUAUCACUACCUUGUAAAAUAGUAUAUUUGUAUCAUUAGUAUGUUAUUUCUGUUACUUGAAUUCUAGAUACUUUUUGUCAUCAUGCUUUUGCACUUGGAAAAAAAUGGCGAAUGACAGCAUUCAAAAAAAAAAAAAAUCAUAAUAAAACAGGUGCAUCGGUUUGUGUUAGGAUCAUGAGCAUGAAAUCCGGUCCUACAUCACUCAUUUUACCUAUUUAUUUUAUGAUGUUUACAUUUUUGUAUCUUGUACAAAUAAAUCUGAUUUUGUGACGACGAAAUGCAGAAAUGGACGUAGCUAGAGAGUAUUAUGUUGUGCUUUUUUCUUGUUGCAAGAGGAAAAAGAGCCCAAUUUAAUUUGGUUUCACAAAUUAAUUUUUUUUUCUUUUUUGUACAUAAUUAUGCGGCAUUUUCUCAUUUGUCCUCUGUCUAUUUAACAGAGGUGAUUAAAACAUUUUUAUUUUUUUAUUUUGUCUUCAUUGUUUUUGAUAUAGAUAUCUGCAAAACAAUCUCCAGGUGUCAUCCAUUAAAAAAAAAAAAAAAAAAAGACUAGUGUCCAUCUGAUCAUAUUUGUGUUUAAAAGUUGUGGCUAAAUGCAUACAUUGAUUUAUUGUCUGCAAAUAUGUUUUAAUUAUACGUAUAUGCCUUUUUUAACUAGUGGGCUAACGCCAAUCAAUAAUUCACAGCUGUAAAUCGUUUUUGGUUUACGUUGUGCAAUAAAGUUCCAUGUUAUGGACAACUUUGCGGAGAUCGCCCUUUGAUAUAGGGGACAGUCCUAUCAAAACCCUAUCUUCUUUUUUUUUCCCCCUCUUCAAUUGCAAGUAACAUGUGGGGAAUGGAUCUGAUAGUCAUGUGUUCUUAAGUUCUUCAUGAACAAGUGUUGUCAGUGUAGUCAUUUAGUUUUUUCUGUACAGGCAUUUAGUGGCCAGGCUCUAUGCCCACAGAUAUGCAUUUCCCCAUGUUACUUGUCCUUUGAAUGAUUCUGACUUAAAAAAAAAAAAAAAAAUGCAGGGAAAUAAAAAAAAUCGAAUGAUAUCAACAUGCAUAACCUGUUGGGCUGUUUCUUAUUAUUCUUGGUUUUCUUGAACUGUUGACGGACCUUUAAUUGAAAGGAAAUCAGUUUUUCCUCUUGUUCCAUCAGACAGAAGACUCACAGGGUCGUAUUAUUGCCACUUUGCCCGUGUCAUUGUUUUCCAGUAUUCAUUGAUAAACUUUUACAACAUAA